AUGAAAUUUUUGGAGACAGAGGAUGAUGUUCUUCGAGCAAUUGCUUAUCCAGAAAAACCAGUACUCAUAUUGUAUUAUUCUCUUGACUACGAGAACAAGGUUUUUAAACCAUGGGAUUAUGAUAAUGGUGGACUUUUCGAUAUUUUUGAGUUUUUGAAAAAAUACGAAACGGAGUUCGAUAUUUAUUUCCGAAAGCGAAAAAAUGAUGACGCAGACUGGAUGUUCUGUAUUUACUACAAAAAUCAAUCUAUAGCUAAAGAACAUUUUCACGAAUACUAUUCCAGAGAUGUUGAUAAUAAAAUUCAAAAAUAUAUCAAAGAUAUUGAAUGUUUCAAGCGCUCUGAUAAUCAAUGA